GAGGGAUCUUGUCCGGUACUUUCAUGUCUUUUUCCUCGACAGGGAGGAGUUUGGUAGCGAUUGGACCUGCAGAAAGAGACUUUGGUCUGGUAACCUUUCUGUAGCGACGUAACCUUGAAACGUGGGACUCUCCGAACAAUAUCGCCGGCUGGCCUAGCUCUCGGAGUUUGGAUUUGAGUUCAUCAUCGGGGAUGUCGGUGUGGUCUUGUUCGUCAUCGGAAGAGGCGUCAGAGUCGGGUUUGGGGGUGGCGGAGGAGUCGUCGUCGGUCUUGGGGGGGAGUUCUGGUAGGCCUAGACGUUUCCGUCGGGCUCGUUCCUCUUCGGCUUCUUUGGCUUCUCUGCGGAGCCGGGAUUCCUCGGCGAGUUUCUGGCGUUUCUCCUCGCGGGCUUUGGCUUCCUCGGCGGCUUCCUCCUCGCGCUUGCGUUUGGCGGCUGCUCUGGCGGCUCGUUGUUCUUCGAGGGCCUUUUGCUCGGCUAGGUAGGCUGCUUGGCGUUGGGCUUCGGCUUCACGGCGGGAGAUGUACUUUUGGGGUUUUUCCUUUUCUGGUUCUUUCUUGGCUAUCUCCUUAGCCAUGAGAGAGGCAAAGUCCAUGGUGGGUGGUGGGUGGUGUGUUGAUGUAGGGUGUUGGUGAUGGGUGGAAGCCUUGUGGUGUCUCCUGGGGGUCGGAUACCAGGGUCUAGCGAACCGUUGGAAGCCGGGGAAAAGGCUAGAAAGGGUGUGUCACACAGCCAAAACAAGAGGUGAGGUUGGAAAUGGCGAGAUGAGGUUCCGGGAGCUGCAAGUGUUCGGGGAGUGCUCCGCUAAAUAAGGUCGGCCCCAAUGUCGUUGCACUAGCGUGAUGCGGGAAGAGUGCUGCGCCACGAUCUGGACCCACUUUGUUGACGGAUCGGCACCGGCAGGCAAGGCAGGUACUGAGGUACUCAACACGGACACACCCUGCUUGUGACAAGAACUUCACGCCCCCUGGGCUGGUUGUGGAUGAUAUCCUCAGUCUCUGUUUCCCAAGGUGGCCCGCGAACCGGGGCAGCCGGGUCGAACAUUCAGGCUGGAGUGGAGGAGAGUGAAAGCUUAUCUUAGAAGGCGCCUUCCACCACUAGGGAAGCCAUUGCCCUGGGGCGUGUAACUUAAAAUACGCUUUCCGAAGUCCUCAAAAUCAUGACAAGUCUUGUUUUCUCUCCCAUAAAAUUUCUAAACUUGCCCAAAUCAUCUUGCUACUCGUGCCCCGCGAACAAGGAGCUCUGUAAGCCAUCAUUGGCAGCCAUCUUAUCAUGUCUUCAUCAAAUGGAGCCCAGAAACCAAUCCACUCCAGAGUGAAACUUUUCUACCGCAUCAAUGUUCCCCAUGAGCCAGAAGAAUUUAUCCAGGACCCCUUGCCUGCCCAUGUUGAGCUUGAUAUCCCAAUGACAUGCACAGUCAAAGACCUGGCUGAUAUCAUGGAGAAGAACUCGAGAAAAAUCUUCCCUUCUCUUUCCGUCGGCACCCGGCUCUGCUUCCGCACUAUGGACCGGUCAAUUUACAGCACAAAGCCAAAAUACCUUCCGUCACCUUACGGCAGUUACGUUAUCGGUCGAGGUUACCCAGGCAUCGAUUUACCCGCACGAGACGAGAAUGACCCAGCGAGCCCCAAGCCAAAGCUCCGAUGGCUGGAUGGCGCUUACAUUGUCUGUACCAUCUUUCCGCCACUACCCAGCGACGAAGAGGAACUCAUUGUACCACCUGCGCUGCCGUAUAAGAUCAGCAGGCUAGGGUGUGAUCAGCCUGGAAAGGGUAUCGUAGUAGGGGGUGACCGGACGGCAAAUGGAAAGGGAAAAGGGCGUGAAGACGAGGAUGAGGAUCCCCGUCCGCCGCGCCGCGGCAACACCCGUGUCUCCAAGGGUACGUCAAGGGGACCUACUUCAAGAACGCGGGACAAUGAUCGCCGAGCUAAUUAGGAGUUUGAAUCCCGAGAAGAUGCCUCGGGGGGUGGAGUCCACGGUCAGAAGAAUGGUGUAGGGGGUUCUGUUGAUGAGUUGAUAGAUUCGGAAGUUGAUCGGGAGUGGGAGGCCUUGAAACGUCAAUUGCAAAACAAUCCGGAGCGAGCCCUGGAUGGCGUAUUGGAGAUCACAAGGCGUCUAGCCGCGUGUUUUCCUUCGAAUGGAUCUGGUACUAAAGCCAGCAGGGCUGGUCCCAAGAAAGGCGAAGGAUCUUCCAACAAUACAGCCAGAUCGAGAGAUAAAGGCAAGGAAAAAGAAAAGGGGGAUCCCAAGACACCGGAGAGUUGGAAGCCCUAUGAAUAUGACCGUUUCCAGAAGAAGAAAUAGCCUGAUUGAUAAAGGGCCUCUGUUGCGGUAUCAAAUUCUGUGUUAGAAACCACCGCAUCACUACACAGCAGCGUAAAUCAAUCAUAGAGCGACGAAGAUCACCAUAGAGCACCGGCAGAGAUUAUAUUGUAUUUUUAAGAUUACGAUAGAUUAGAUACUGGGGGAAAAUGAGG